AUGUCGGAUGUUAUGCCGUUAAAGUUUUGUACUGUGUGUGCUGCAAACAACAAUAGAUCGAUGGAAUCUCACAAGGUUCUGAGAGAUGCAGGGUACGAUGUUUGGUCGUAUGGUACCGGGUCUGCAGUGAGAUUACCGGGACUUUCUGAGGACAAACCAAAUGUGUAUCCGUUUGGAACUCCUUAUAAUGAUAUAUAUAAUGACUUGCGCUCGCAAUCGGUAGACCGGUAUAAGUCUAACGGGCUACUAGACAUGCUUGAUCGUAACCGAAAAAUCAAAAAGGCUCCCGAAAAAUGGCAUGAGGGUUCGAAAGUGUUUGAUUUCGUGUUUACUUGCGAGGAGCGAUGUUUCGACUCGGUUUGCGAAGAUCUCAUAAGUCGUGGCGGCGAUCUCAAUAAGAUCGUUCACAUCAUCAAUGUCAAUAUCAAGGACGACAACGAAAACGCGAAGAUUGGUGGGAAAGGGAUUUUGAGAUUGGCCGAUAUGCUAUCUGCCAAAGUUUCUGAAUGUGCAAAAACGGGAGAACCCUUUGAAGACUGUAUAAUGCAGCUUUUAACUCAAUGGCAAGAACAACAUCCUCAAUUGCCACUACUGUAUUCUCCAGCAUAUUACUAG